CAAACGCUUGGCCCACACGCAGACUGAAGCGCAACUCAACAGUUCCCACAGAGCAAUGGGAACCGGAUCAGGAGUUAAUAUGCAGCACUGUUCUGGAGGAGUAAUGGCAAAAGGAGAACUUCUUUUUUAAUAUUCGGACCUAACCUCCACUGUAGAGGCGUUUAAACGCUGGUCAACUUUUCGCAAACCCCGGGAAUUUCUGAACUUCAAGGUCUCCAAAAGGAAGCGCAAAAGGUGGACCGAUUUUCCCAAAGAGGAGUAUGGCCAGUGUACGGCUCGAUUACGUUGCUCCGUGGUGGACGUACUGGCUGCACAAUUUUCCACACUUUAAUUUCAUCUUUGAGCCCGUGGACAACACUUUCAAACCGGAGGAGGCGAGUUAUCAGCAGUCUCUUAUAUUACUAGCAGGUGUUGGAGCAGUUGGUCUGGGUCUCAGCCUGCUGGUUCUGGCCGUAUACCUGACCCUCUUGUGUUGCUGGCACAGAGACAUAGACGAAGACACCAAAAGGCCAAACAACUGCUGUGUCACCUGGGCUGCUAUCAUCACAGGCCUCAUCAUAUGUUCUGCUGUAGGAGUGGGUUUCUAUGGAAACAGUGAGACCAAUGAUGGGGUGUACCAGCUGACCUACUCGCUCUACAAUGCCAAUCACACAUUGGGUGGCAUCAACAAUCUGGUUGCGGCAUCUGUGGGUAAUGUGGAAAGUGGACUCCAACUACACCUGGAACGGCUGGAUGAAAUCUUUGCCGCAAGGUCUGACUACCUUCAGUCACUGCGCUUCAUGCGGCUCAUGAUCAAUAACGUGAUCCGUGAGCUGACUACCCUGCCGGAUAUCAACAAAGCCAGUGUUGAUUUGGCAGCUAUUGCUGACCAAACAGCCUUCAUUGAGUAUUACAGAUGGCUGGCUUUCCUGCUGCUGCUUAUCAUGGAUCUGGUCAUCUGUCUGGCCAUGUGCUUGGGGAUGGCCAGGCAGUCUCGAUGGCUGCUAAUCAUGAUUAUGUUUUUUGUGGCGCUCUCUCUGAUCCUGAGCUGGGCUUCUUUCGGAGUGGGUGCUGCAACAGCUGUGGGUACCAGUGACUUCUGCGUGUCUCCAGACAAGUUCAUAGUGAAUCAAACUAAUGAUUUCAUCAGUGCAGAUGUUGCACACUAUUAUUUAUUCUGCAGUCCAAAUCUGCCAAACCCUUUCCAACAGUCUAUAACAAUCUGCCAGCGCUCUCUGACCACCAUGCAAAUCCAGAUCCAAGGAUUACUGCAGUUCUCCGUGCCUUUCUUUCCCAUGGCUGAAAGAGACCUUUUGGGGAUCCAGCGAGUGUUGAACACCACAGAAUUCAGUGUGCACCAGCUAACAGCCUUGCUUGACUGCCGAGGGCUGCACAAGGAUUAUGUGGACGCUCUAAUGGGUGUGUGUUAUGAUGGGGUAGAAGGGCUCCUCUACCUGUCUUUGUUUUCCUUACUGGCUGGCUGCGCACUCUCUGCCAUGCUAUGUGCAGUUUUCAAAGUGUGGACACUAAUGGCCAGCAGAGACAAAGAGUAUGACGACAUAGACGAGGAGGACCCUUUCAACCCUCAGGCGCGGAGGAUGUCCUACAACCCCAGAAGGUCCAACAUCCACAGUUUCUGUAGCUACACCAGCAGCCUCGGGAGCCAGGCCACUCUUCAUCCUCCCCCACAAUCUGCUUCUAAUGUCAUGCCUCCUCCUGAGUACAUGAAUCAGAACAUGCUGUUUGGAGGGAGUCCUCGCUAUGAGAACGUGCCGCUGAUAGGGAGAGGAUCCCCACCUCCCUCGUACUCGCCCAGUAUGAGGACCACCUAUCUAUCUAUGACUGAUGCCCAAAUCAGACACUUUGGGACCGACUUCCAGGUGUAGCCUGCUACCCAUUAAAUCCUUCUGAGACUGUCUGAGACUCUGGGUCUUUACCGAGGAGGCUUCCUCCAUAACAUAAUCCUGUUUACUGGAGCUGCAGUCCGCUGUCCCAACCUGAGACAUGAAAGCAGGCCACAUGAGGCAAUUACCUCAGUACCACACUGACGCAGUGCUCCAAAGGCCAUUUUGAAUGGAGAGGAGCUUGAACAGACUUAUCUUAGGACUCUUGUUGUUGUUGUCAUGUGUGGAAAUGCUCUCAUACCAAUGUAAGCAUUUCUUACGGCCAUUUCACUCUUGAUUCAGAUCAAGGGCUUUUGAACUGAAUUAAAUUUUUAAAAGUCUGUUUCUUUUGGGCUUUAUCUUGGUGACCUGCAUUGAUAUGAUCAUCUGUGGUCAUCAUUUUGAUAGGGGAACAGACUUUCUAUCUUGGCAUUUUGAUUCUUUGGUAUGAUUCCAUCAUGUUUAAGCCUUUCUUUAAUGUUUCAUGGUGCUGUACAAAAUGAAGUACAACAUGUUCAACAUUUCACGGUAAUAUUCUAAAUUGUGUCCAUUAAAUACAACCAAAAAUUUAGUUUCUUUUUUUUUGUAAACAGCUAACACUUCUAAGUCAGUAUUUUUGAUCGAUUGCAAAUCUUGUACUGCAACAACUUUAUGCUUAUCUUGUAGUUCCUGUUGUGAUACUGUUUUGACCUGGAUUAAAUAUUCAUAGCUAGAGGGGUUAACAUAUUUUUGCCUAAUUUUGAGACUAUAGUAGCUGCAUGUGGAGAACCCCACCAAGCCUAAAUAAGCACGAGCAAAUAGGUUUUACUUCACCUCCCAUUUAUUACUGUGCAGUGACAUGGAAGAUAAAACAUAACAUGGACAAUAUGCAGAAAUUUAAAGUUUGUUCUUAGAGACAGCUACCUGUUUUUCAAUGAGAAAGUGAUGUAGAGAUUUGCUGUGUGCUGUUUUCUGUGUAAAAUAAUGUAUGAAACUAAUG